GACGGCUACGGACAGAACGAAAAGUAACGCCUCCGAGAAUACUUGGAUCGAGUAUGAUUCAGAGUCAGCGGCAGUAUGAGCGCAUCACUACUUCUCCAAAUCGUCCUAACUGGCACCCAAACCCACUACGAAAACCUCGGCCUGAUCGAUGACAAGAGAUUGGAACAUUUGUUGAUAGCCGGAAAACAGAUUCUCUACAAGUCACACCAGGAAAGCGAUGUCCGAUCCUCGCUGGGGUUCAACCCUCGAGUGUGGGAAGGCCUGACAGACGUCCUGGCUGUGGCCAUCCCGGCCUUGGAGCAGCAAUCCUUUGCCUGGAAACACCCGCCUCACUUGGGCUUUACCGGCAGCAGUUCGGACCUGAUCGCGGCGCACUACCCGGCUCUCGUCAAGGACAUUGAAAGAAUCAACGACCUAUGCACCAUCGCUCGAAAUUUACUGGCCACCACCAAGAAGGCGCAGAACCUGGCGGCGGAAAAGGGGUUCGACCAGCAGAUCCUCAAGUUGAUCGAUGUCUGCGUACGGGUGACGGCGCGAGGCUACGAUGGCGAGGCCAACCCGAGAAACGAGGAAAAAUGGCAAAAAGUGGUACAUCUGUACAAAAGGCUGUUGAUUACUUGUCUGCAGUUCUUGCACAAUUUCAUCAUGCACAAUGAACAGAGGAAACUGGUGCUGUGGCUUGAUCUGUUUGGACAGUCGCAAAGCCAUGAAGGCGAAGAGCAACUUGUCCAGCAGGCGCCGGCCACGACCACGACGAAUCAGGAGGACAAAGACCACCUUGCCAAAGAAGACAGGAUUAAAUCGACCGUCGAGAAAUUGCCUCAGACCCAGAAGGAACAACGGUCAGGCGGACUCGGGUAUAAUAUUGACGACGUGCACGCCCUGUUCGAUCUGAUGAGCACGAACAAGGAAUCCGACCAACACACUCAAGCAGCGGCCCGGGUGCUGAUGGACAAGAUACGAACUGAUAUGGAAAAGUUGUCGGGUAUGAAUGCCACUCAACUGGAUGAUAACCCGGACACUCUGCUCAAGGUUGGUGCCGAGUUACGGGCGCAGAUGCCGCCAAAGGACAAAGAUAGUUCUGUUUCUGCCCCUGUGACUGCACGUGAGCAAUCAGUUGGUGGCGGGGUCAAGGCUCCCACUCAAAACCGCCCGAGCCAUUGGACUCAUUUGCCGGAUCUUGGCUCCUAUGGCGAAAUAAGUGAGUUUGGGCAGGAAUUGACCGAGGAGGACAAGAGUAUGCCCCGAACAGCUCAGUCCGCCGCUGCAACACUACAAGAAGCUAAAGACGAGUUGAUGGCACGACUGCAUGAAUCGGCGUCCGGGCCCGUGCUUGAUGAAAAUGGUGACCAAGUUUAUGACGAGGAUGGCAAUCCCGAAGGCCCUCUCGAUGACGACCUUGCCGAUAGUGUCGAGGGUAGUAUUGAAGAGGAGGAGGAUGAGGAUGAUUAUUACCGCGCGUCAGGGGAUCAGGAACGUGGCCUCCUGACUGACGUACCUCUUGUUCUCGGACCGACCGAGAUCGAGGCUCUUCCCAUGAUCAUCCAAGCCGGGAUUGUGGACAAUUUUGGAUCCAAGAAUGGUGACCGACAAGGCGUCAAGAACAUGCAGGCGGUUCGAUGUCAUAUCCUGCUGGCACAAGAAGCCGGUCGCAAUGUCUUGCGGGAAUUGCUCAUCUUCAUAGCUGCAUGGGAUCUUCCGGACGACGAGUUUUAUUUCAAGAUGAUGGUGCAGAUCAUGGAAGCCAUUCUCAAGAACGGACUCAUGUCUCAUGCUUACUCGGACUUUGGGCAGCCGAAAGAUAUCAUCUCUCCGGCUCAAGCCGUGGUCAUCAAGAUUCUGACGCACAUUUUCCGGGCCAAAUACAGUCCUGCAUCUGUCGUGCAAAAGUCCAAGGAAAAGGCUCCUCCCAAACCCCGGGUCCCAGCUCCUUUGAGCAGAGUCGACGUUUUGACCGUCCGCUACAUAUUUAUCGUCUUUCGCGGUAACAUUAUUCCGGAAACCUGUGCGCUGAUCUACCUGCAAGGGCAAAUCCGAGCAGGCCUUGCAUUAGCGGAAGACUUCCCCCUUAACCUGUGGGACAUGGAACGCGUCUAUGAAGGUGUCUACCAGUUCCUCGAGUUCUUUGCCGUCUUGACCGAGAACAAUGAAUGGAAGGAACUUCUGGUCAAGUGGGAAAUCGUUUAUGACCUGGUCACCUUGCUUAAGGAACUCGACACCAGCAUCGCCAAGGUUCCACUAACACAGACACUCCCUCCUGCGGCGAGGGCAGAAAAUACUACAACUAAUACUGCCAACACUGCCAAUGACGCGACUGCGACUGACCCUGCCACGGCCACUACUGAGCCCGUAACAGUUGAAAGACCAUACGACGCAUCGACCGUCGACCCAGUGACGCAGAGACCUCGUCAGAAACAGUCGUCUUCCACAGACACCGAACGGCCUCCUUCACCACCACCUGCAAGCAGCUCCCCACCACCACCAGCCGUGAGCGAGGAACCCGCCGAUUUCGAAUGGCGCAACCUGAAGAAAUUGAUCGUGUUGGUCCUGUCCAGUCUGGUCUGGAAAUCACGGACCGUCCAGGACCAAAUCAGACAGUAUGGCGGGGUCGAAACGAUCCUUAGUUGCACGCAAUAUGAUGGUAUGUUGUGAGAACCUGAACGAUCCGAAUAACCCGUCUACAAUCAAGCAUGACUUUGUAUAUUUUAUACUUGACACACAUCCCUUUGUGGACUUCUUACAUGUGUCUAUUAUACCUCUCCAUGCAACCCCUACAUCAAAGAACACGCCGUCAUGUGUCUGAAAUUCCUGCUCGAAGAUAAUCGCGAGAACCAGGCUCUGGUCUCGAGCCUCGAAGCCCGCGAAGUCCGGACCGAGCCUGCCCUCCGCGAGAAACUCGACAAUAUGGGUAUCAAGGUCGAGUUGGGUCCUGAUGGAAAACCUAAACUCAGUGGUGGUGCGCCGGGUGCUGGUGCAACGCCAUCAUCUGGAUCAGUGAGAAAAUCGUCUUGGCUGGCUAAUGCCGCCGCAGCCAAGAGGGAAAGGGAGAGAUUGCUGGACGAACAAAUAAACAAUCAGGAGAAAGAGGCUGCAAGCGAACCAGCUUCUUACGACAACAAUGUCAGUGACGGCGGCGACGGCGACCCUACCACUCAGCCAGAGAAGCAAGAUAAGGGUAAAGGCAAGGAGCGAGAAAGGGAAGAAGACAUGUUCGAGGAUGGCGUUGAGAAUCACCAAUCCCAACACGCCCAUGAAGGUGGUGAUGAUGAUGACUUUGAAUUCAUGUGAGAUACCUUUUGAGCAGCAGCAAAAGCAAAAGAUUAGCAUUAGCCUUACAGUUACAUAUUACAUAUAUAGGUUGGAACAAUUAUAAUUAUAUACAAUAGGGUAUAUACCUUCAAGUUAUACUAACGAAUAUACUAUAUGGCACAA